CUGUUUGGUAUUAAUUUUCAACAAGUUAUAAGUAUCACAGCGCGCGCUUAUGACUCAAAAUUUAUUGGUGAGAAACAUUUCGAUCGCGAAACAAUCAACUAGUCUUCAAUUAUGUUCAUUACUUCUAUGGCAUAAAUCAUAUCGAUGAGUCAUGGAAGGCCUAGUCACAUUUGUGCCCGCCAUAUUACUCUGAUAGAAUCACGUGAUGAGUAGAAUAUUGUUGGAGUAGGAGGCUGUAGGGGUGCCGGGUUGAUUUAUCAAGAAUAGAUUUGUUGAUACAUUACGUUCAGUGUAUUUGUUGCCAUAGACAUCGAAAAUGGAUACCCGCAAGCUUCAAGACGUUCUACGAGCAACUAUAGACCCUAAUCAACGACAGCAAGCCGAAGAACAAUUGACCCAGAUACAUAAAAUUAUUGGCUUUGCUCCUUCUCUUCUUCAAGUAAUAAUGCUCAAUGAUAUAGAUAUGCCAGUUAGGCAGGCAGGUGUCAUUUACUUGAAGAAUCUUAUUACCCAGAAUUGGGCAGAUAGAGAGGUUGAACCUGGUCAGCCUUUACCUUUCAGCAUUCAUGAACAAGACCGUGCAAUGAUUCGUGAUGCAAUUGUCGAUGCUGUCAUUCUUGCUCCAGAUCUUAUCAGAGUCCAAUUGGCUGUUUGUGUGAGCAACAUAGUGAAACAUGAUUUUCCAGCACGAUGGACACAAAUAGUUGACAAAAUUAGUAUUUAUUUGCAAAAUCCAGAUGCUUCUGGCUGGUCAGGAGCUCUACUUUGUUUGUACCAGUUAGUUAAAAAUUUUGAAUACAAGAAACCUGAGGAUCGAGGACCGUUGAAUGAAGCAAUGAAUUUGUUGUUUCCAAUGAUGUAUCAGCUUUGUGUACGAUUGUUGCCUGAUCAAUCUGAACAAUCUGUAAUGUUGCAGAAACAAAUUCUUAAAAUCUAUUUUGCCCUUACCCAGUAUUCCUUGCCACUUAACCUAAUUUCCCGUGAAGUUUUCUCCCAAUGGAUGGAAAUAGCUAGGGCUGUUGCUGACCGCCCAGUGCCAGAGCAGACCAAUUCAGUUGAUGAGGAUGAUAGAGUAGAUUUGCCAUGGUGGAAGUGCAAAAAAUGGGCUUUGCAUAUAUUGUAUAGAAUGUUUGAGAGAUAUGGAAGUCCUGGUAAUGUUUCUCAUGAGUACCGAGAGUUUUCUGAAUGGUAUUUGAAGACCUUUUCUGCUGGUAUUUUGGAAGUGUUGCUCAAAGUAUUGGACCAGUACAGAAGAAAGAUCUAUGUAUCUCCAAGGGUGUUACAGCAAACUAUUAAUUACAUAAAUCAAGGAGUGAGCCAUGCCUUUUCAUGGAAGUUCCUGAAACCCCAUAUGUUUGCUAUUGUCCAAGAUGUGCUGUUUCCUCUUUUGUCAUAUUCUCAAGCAGAUGAAGAGUUAUGGAACUCAGAUCCUUACGAAUAUAUCAGAGUUAAAUUUGAUAUUUUUGAAGAUUUUAUAUCACCCGUCACUGCUGCACAAACCCUUCUUCACUCAUGUUGCAAGAAAAGGAAAGAUAUGUUGCAAAAGACAAUGCAUUUUGUGAUGCAAGUGUUGACAUCUCCUAAUGCUGACCCUAGACAAAAGGAUGGUGCUCUUCAUAUGGUGGGCACACUUGCUGAUGUUUUACUAAAGAAGAAGUUGUAUAAAGAACAAAUGGACAACAUGCUGUGUCAGUAUGUGUUCCCAGAAUUUGCAAGUCCCCGUGGCCACAUGAGAGCUAGGGCAUGUUGGGUACUUCAUUAUUUUAGUGAAAUAAAGUUCAAGCAGGAGGCCAUUCUUGCUGAAGCUGUUCGUUUAACAACAAAUGCUCUGCUGACUGAUCAAGACUUGCCUGUGAAGGUUGAAGCUGCUAUUGCCCUUCAGAUGCUGCUCAAUGCCCAAGAAAAGGCUCAGAAAUAUGUGGAGCCUCAGAUUAAACAAAUUACAUUGGAGUUGUUAACUAUAAUUCGAGAGACAGAGAAUGAUGAUCUCACUUCAGUAAUGCAGAAGAUUGUAUGUACCUACACUGAACAGCUUAUGCCCAUUGCAUUUGAGAUCUGCCAACAUCUUGCUACAACAUUUAGCCAAGUUCUUGAAACAGAUGAAGGUUCUGAUGAAAAGGCCAUAACUGCUAUGGGCCUGCUUAAUACAAUUGAAACUCUCCUGACAGUUAUGGAGGAUCAGCCAGAGAUAAUGGCUCAGUUACAGCCUACAGUUCUUUCUGUUGUUGGUCACAUAUUUACUCAAAGUGUCAUGGAAUUUUAUGAGGAAGCACUAUCUCUUGUGUACGAUUUGACCAGCAAGAGCAUAUCUCCUGACAUGUGGAAAGUUUUAGAACUGAUGUAUCAGGUUUUUCAAAAAGAUGGAAUUGAUUAUUUCACUGAUAUGAUGCCAGCUCUCCAUAAUUAUGUGACUGUAGACACUCCUGCAUUUUUGUCUAAUGAAAAUCAUAUUUUGGCUAUGUUCAAUAUGUGUAAAGCUAUCUUGACUGGAGAUGCGGGUGAGGACCCUGAAUGUCAUGCUGCCAAACUACUGGAAGUCGUCAUCCUUCAAUGUAAAGGACAUAUUGAUCAGUGCAUCCCCUCAUUUGUGGAGUUGGUACUUCAGAGACUCACAAGGGAGGUGAAGACUUCUGAACUUCGUACAAUGUGCCUGCAAGUGGUUAUUGCUGCUCUCUAUUAUAAUCCAACUCUUCUGUUUGAUACACUGGAGAAGCUGCAGAUGGCAGUGUCACCUGCAACAAAUGAGUCCAUUACUUCUCAUUUCAUUAAACAGUGGAUCCACGACACCGAUUGCUUUUUGGGCCUCCACGAUAGGAAAUUGUGUGUGCUGGGACUGUGCACUUUGCUCAGUGCUACUGGAAAUCGACCUGUAGCUGUUAAUGAGUGUGCUGCUCAAGUCAUUCCAUCUCUCAUCCUCUUGUUCGAUGGAUUGAAACGAGCAUAUGCAGAAGUGCUAUCUAGUGAUGAAGAUGAUAUUGACGAAAGUAAUCAAGAAUAUUUGGAGCUUUUGCAGGAAAAGGUGGCAAACAAAGCUCCAAAUGCUUUCAACAUCACAGCUUCCAUUCAAGUGAGAUGUCUCAUUAACCUGUUAGGAUCUGCUUUCCUUCCUGGUUUGCUGAUUGGUGUUGGUUGUGAAGAUCAUAUUCAGGCUGGCGAUCCUGGAUGGUAUCAAGUGCUUACUGGCAAUCUCACCACAGAGCAACAGAAGGCACUGCAAGAAGUAAUGUUGCUAGCAGAUCAACGGAAAGCUGCUGCUGAAAGCAAGAGGAUAGAACAGAGUGGAGGUUAUGUUUUCAACCAGCAGACUGUGCCUACUUCCUUCAACUUUGGCGGUGCUCCAUUGGGUCGAUAAGAAUACUGUUAAGUGCUGUGAACACAGAGAGGCAACAAGAAUGGACUUGUGUGAACAAUCAUGUUGUGACAUACCACUAAACUAAUUAAAGUACUACAAAGAAGGAAACAUUUGAAAAAUGUUACUUGUGUUAAUUGUGCACUUUUUGUUAGUUUUGUUCUUUUGAUUAUUGAUUCCAGGCAUAGCUUUUCCAGACUGAUAUUGCAAGCACUAGGAAUUUUUUUAAUUAAUUGAAGUGCAGCAGAUGUAAAUUUCACAGGAUUUCUAAGGCAACAGUUGCAUUGAUAUCAACAUAUUGAUUAACUAUUUUACUAAUUUCCUGUACAUGAUAAAUUUGUCAUGUCGUGAAGAAGUGUGUUUGUUCAAAAAGUAAGAACAUCCACAUACUAAUAGUAAAUGGUUACUUUCAGUGCACAGAUUUAUAUGGCUCAACUUUUUAAUGUGAUUUUUGGGAAUUGUACAGUCUAGUAAAUUCACCAUACACUCAACGCGUUUGAUUUUAAAUUGAAUACUCAAUUGUAUUUAAAUUUUGUCUGUUGUAAAUUGCUCGUGUUAAAAUAGUUGUGUCCUAAUCUCAAGCCAGAUUAUUUAUUAGCUAUUUAUUGAGAAGACACUUGUGGGUAAAUAGGUGUGGAAUUUUCAGAGACUUCACUAAAGCUGAUUUGAAAGAGCCCUGAUGGAGCAUGUAUUCUCAAGUGUUUUUCUGUGUACAGACUGUUGGAUUUACAAAUGUGAACUCUUCUUAAUAAGUGUAGAUAUUAUGAUGCAGUACUG